AUGACCGCCACUCUGAGCGCGCUCGACCUCGCGUCGCUCCUCACGGGCUAUCUUUCGCGCGGUCCUCAUCCCUGGAUGCUUGUCCUGUGGCUCCUCGGCGACGCGGCGCAGCUCGCGGGAAUGUACAUCCACGGCGCGCUCGAGACGCAAAAGCUGUCGGCCAUCUGGUUCGCGGUCGGCGACAUCAUCAUCGUCCUCGAGAUGGCCAUCGGGCGAGGGCUCGUUCCGGGCACGAGCUGUUGGACCCGCCGCAAGCUCGCGAAGACGCACACGCCCGUCAGCGUCGGCGAGGACCAAGAUGCGAGCGUCGAGGUCGAGGACGUCGGCUGGGGCGCGACGCCCGUCGCGCAGGGCUCGUCGGAGAAGAAGCGGCGCGGCGCACGGACCCGCUCGCGCGACUUUGUCGGUCGGUGGAUGCCGGACGUCGACGGGCCGAGGGUCAACGCGGCCGUCCUCGCUGCGCUCCUCGUCGUCGGGCUCGCCGUGUGGGGCGCGCUCGACGUCGCGCAGCGCGACAAAAAGCCGGCGCUCGAGCCGGGCGAGCGGCCGCAGAGCACGGCGAGCUGGAUUGGGUGGGGGACGGCGCUCGGCGGGACGAUCCUCUACAACUUUCCUCGGCUCGUCCAGAUCCGCAAGAUCGUGCGCGACAAGGGCCUCGAGCACACGAGCGUGUGGAUGUUUAUGUGGCUCGCGGCGCAGAACUACACGAUGCUCAUUUCCAUCUUGACCGUGUCGCAUACGCUCGACGCCGGCUACGGGCAGGCGCCUUUCCUCAUCAACGUCGUCCUCGCUCUCACGCUCGACCACGUUAUCGUCUCCCUGUGGCUCAAGUAUCGUCAUACUCAACGUCCCGACUCGCCUCAGCACCUCCUCCCGCACCCAACGCAAGCCGGCGUCGCCUCGCUCCUCUCCCGGCACAGCCGUUCGGCCUCCCUCCUUCCUCCCUCGCCGCCCGUCAGCCCCCACGAGCUCCAAGGCCGCGAGAAGGACAACGAGCGGGUCCGGCGCAAGCUCGCCGACUCGUACACGGCGUCGCUCGAGCGUGAGCGCGCUCGAGCCGCCGGCCGAGCGUCGAACUUGCCCGUCCUGCCGCGCCGCGCUCUCGCCCGCCGCCUCGACGCUCACGCCGUCGUGGAGAAGGGCGAGCUCUCGGCACUCGGCGAGCACGUCGACAGCAGCGGCGACGAGGCGGAGCAGGAGCGGCACGCGACGUGGGCGCGGCAGAGCGCACGGACUCGCGAGGAGCUGCAGCGCCUGCGGCUCGCGAGGCACAAGAGCGACGCUCGAGCCGAAGCGGGCCUGCGCGAGGAGCUCGGUGCGUGGAAGGAGGAGAGGGCGAGGCGGGGCCUGCCGUUGCGGAGCGAGGACGAGGACGACGACAGCGGGUUCUCGAGCUCGCAGGGUCACUCGUCCUCGUCCGAGGACCGUCCGCUCACGAGCAGAGGGCGGGCGAAGGAGCCUCGCCGAGGCGUCGGUACCUUGGCGGGUCGCACGUAG